AUGUCGGUUUCCGAGGUAAUAGGGAAGUCCCAAAGAAUGAUUGCCCUAGGCAACCCCAUCUUCAUUGGCAUGGAAGCUCCACCCAGUGAUGACAGGUUCACUCAUCUCGAUCUCUUACUCGGGACUAUCAAGAUUGCCUUGUCCACCUUUCUUCUCCUGUUCUUCAAAGAUCUUGCUUGCACUGAAAGAUGGAGCCUCCGAGACGGCACUUUCUACCGCGACUGCUAUUAUAUUGGCGGGAAUCACUGUUUAAUCAUUGGUGUUAGCGAUUACUGCGUGCAUCAUGGCGGUAAAUCUAGAAGUAUAUAUGCGUUCUCUAUGUACACCGAUGAGGGUAAGGCGCAAAAUAUGCUCGGGUGA